AUGAUCGUCUUUCCAAUCUUGCUGGCUCUCACAGCUAUUGCCCAAGUUGGCUUGACCUCGCCAGUGCUCUCGGGGCUUGACUACGCUGUCAAAGAAUCUCACAAUGUGCCUCCCAGAUGGUCACAAGUUGGAGAACCUCAUCCUUUGCAACCGCUAAAGCUCAAUAUUGGUCUCAAACCAAAUAAUGUUGACCUAUUGAAGCAGCAUCUCCAUGAAGUUUCAAAUCCGGAUCACCAUCGUUAUGGCCAACAUCUGUCUGCACAACAAGUUCAGAGUUUCAUGCGACCAACAGAGGAGACUCUUAGAUUAGUCCGAAUCUGGCUUGACGAAAACUCCAUCGACCCGUCCAUAUGCCAGUACAGUUCUUCUGGAGACUGGGUCACUCUCACUCUACCAGUCUCCGAGGCUGAAACCCUUUUGGACACCAAGUACCAUGUCUACCAACAUGAUGACGGAACAAACCUUGUUCGAACCACUCGCUGGUCGCUUCCACGCUUCCUGCUAGACCAUAUCACCACAGUUCAACCCACCACCGCUUUCCUUCGAGCAAACCCCAAUGGCAAUACUCUCCUGACCGUUUCCACAGAUAUUGAUGUUGCGAAGCUUGUAGCAGCAGAGAAUGCCGCCAAUUCCACUACCUUGACACAGAACUGUAACUGGAAUAGCAUGACCCCUCGUUGCCUUCGCCUUCUUUACAACACUUACGGCUACAAACCCCAAUCCCUGGACAAGAACAAGAUUGGGUUCACCAACUAUCUCGGCCAAGCGUACAAUUCCAGUGAUACAGAAAUCUUCCUUGGAAACUUCCGUGCCGAAGCAAUCUCAGGAGCACGCCAGGUUACACAGAUCGGUAUUGAUGGAGGUGUGUGGGACGACGGGGAGACAGGUGCCGGGGCUGAAGCCAGUCUUGACGUUCAAACCAUCCUCGGCCAUGUCUACCCGACCACCGUCAUCUCCUACUCUACAGGCGGCGAACCACCAUUCGAUGCCGACAUCCUCACACCCACCAAUACCAACGAGCCAUACCUGACUUGGGUUCUCUUCCUCCUAGCUCAAGAUCCAACGUCUUGGCCCAGCGUGAUUUCGACCUCCUAUGGUGACAAUGAACAGACCGUCCCAAGAUCAUAUGCCGAGACUGUAUGCAACCAAUUCGCGGCAUUGACGGCCCAGGGCAUUAGCCUGAUCUUCUCAUCCGGCGACCACGGGGUAGGUAAGAACAACACUUGCAGCACGAACGACGGGGAAAACCGGACCAGCUUCCUCCCUGUCUUCCCAGCUUCAUGCCCCUAUGUGACCGCAGUCGGCGCCACCAAGAACUACCCAGAAGUCGUGGCAUACGAUCCUCGAAACGGAUUCGCCUCAGGCUCCGGCUUCAGCGACUAUUUCCCACGCCCAGAAUGGCAAAACACCGUCGUUGACAGCUACGUCAAAGGCUUGGGCAAUACCUUUGAAGGCCUCUACAACAAAUCUGGACGUGCAUACCCCGACCUCGCAGCACAAGGCUUCCGCUAUCUCAUCUUCGUCAAUGGAAGCGCAGUCAGUCUCGAUGGCACGAGUGCAUCUGCUCCAACUAUCGCCAGCGUCUUCUCCCUGGUCAACGAUGCGUUGAUCGCCAAGGGCAAACCCACUCUUGGGUGGUUGAAUCCAUGGCUGUACUCAAAGGGCCAUACGGCGUUCACCGAUGUCGUCGAGGGUAGUGCCAUUGGCUGCUCUGGUCCCGGCUUCUCAGCCGGGCCUGGUUGGGACGUCGCAUCUGGAUUCGGAACUCCGGACUUUGAAAAGAUUCGGGACGUCUUGGAGGUCUGA